AUGCCAACACCUGGUUCGUCACGAUUGGAGUACGAGUUUCUUGACAAGAUCGGUGAUGGUGCUUUUGGACAAGUGUAUCGUGCCAAACAUAAACGCUCAUGCCAAGUUGUUGCCGUCAAGACAGUGAAACAUCGAUCAACUGAUGGCGUGGAAGAAGUGACCGACUACAGCUUACGAGAAUACAAAACGCUUCGCUUGUUGACCCGACAUCCGAAUAUUGUUCAGCUUCACCAAAGCUUCAUUGCUUCCACUGAUGAACUUCACUUGGUGAUGGAGUACAUUGACGGUGGCAACUUGUAUCAGUAUAUCCAGCAUCGACGGCACAUACGUAUACCAUUAGAGCACUGUGAAAUACGGCGCCUCUUCCGACAGAUCAUGCAAGCUUUAGCGCAUAUACACAGUGAAAACAUCUUCCAUCGCGACCUCAAGCCAGAGAAUAUCCUGAUCACCAAGACCUCGGAUGAAUAUCCUAUCAUAAAACUAGCCGACUUUGGAUUAGCAAGACGAAUUGAUAGCCGAGAACCAUAUACCGAGUAUGUGAGUACACGGUGGUAUCGGGCACCUGAGGUACUAUUGCGAUCACAGCAUUAUUCGGCUCCCGUGGAUCUUUGGGCAGCAGGCAGCAUCUUUGCAGAGCUUAUGCUAUUGUCUCCUCUUUUCCCUGGCAAGAGUCAAAUCGAUCAAAUCCACUGUAUUUGCAACAUCUUGGGGAGUCCUGGUACAAGGCCUUUUGUAAGAAAAGCAAACGUGCGACCGGAGCGAUCGAGCCCAGGCUUUGCGAGGAAAUCCGUAUCUACGUCAACAAUAAGGCCACCACCUCCUUUAGUUUCAGAGAAUCAAUGGCGUGAAGGUGUAAGGCUUGCGCAGCGUAUCGGAUUCAUUUUCCCCAAUAUUGCACCGAAGCCAUUGCAUACAGUAAUACCUUCUGCGUCGCCGUCUAUGGUGGAUUUACUUUCCAAACUCCUAUAUUAUGAUCCUGGUCGCCGCUUGCAAGCAUCCGAGACACUUGAACAUCCAUUUUUUCAGGAGGAUAAGCGACCACGGAUAUACGAACAAGUAGAGCGUGACCCACUGAAACGAGCGCGGGUGGAUAUCAAUGCUAUUGAUCUGCUGAAUAUUCCAAGAAUCCCACUCGAGCUCUGUCCUGAUGGCGAAGAAAUAUACACACCACGACGUUCGGAUUCUGGUUUCCAUUUGGAUGCGGUGGUGCAUUAUGAUAAGCAAUUAUCCGGUUGGCCUACACAAGGCGAGGUAGCAGUGGAUCAAAUUCACAAACCAGAUGAAGGAGAUUAUACCCGUUUAAAUGGUUGGCAUUGGCUAAAAGUAUUAUAG